CAGUCAUCACACAACAUGGCCGACGUUAAAUUGCAGCAGAGCUUGUGAGGGGACCCGAAGAAACAGGAAUACAGUAAGAAAACCAAAGAGGGAAGGCUGCAUUUGCAGCCUGGCAGAAAGAGGAAAGGAUGCCGUCUCCUUCUUUUUCCCUGGAUGCCCAGCUGCGGUUCCACGACAAAUGGCUGAAGAUAGAUUUGCAGCGUGCGUUUUCUCCAGAGGGACUGAGUGAGAUGUGGAAUGAAAUGGUAAAGGACGAGGAAAUUGUGUUUGACAGAGAAGAAUCUGCCUAUCCAGAGGACUCUGCAGAUUGUGCUGGUGCUCAAAAGAAGGAUGAGUGCAAUGAUAAGGAGAAGAAAGAGGAGGAGGAGGCGUCUUUGUCGUCUGUCCAUCAUUCAAUCAUAGAGACCUGGGAUUGGGGGAGGCAGCCAGAUGAGGUGGAGCUGAAGGACUGUCUUACGGUUCUGGUGGAUGACCAACAGAAACUGGCUACACAGACAGCUAAAAGCACUCUGUCUGCGCGGCGUCUGAGCCAACGGCUGCUCAUCCUGGAGCGCUACCUCAUCUCACUCACUCACAGCAUGAUGGAGGAGAAGUACAAAGUUCGGUGGAAAAGUCCGCCCAGCCCCCCGCUGCCCACUGUGGAUAACAAAAGCACUCGUCCUGUCAGUAAGGGAGUGGAGGGCUUGGCUCGAGUCGGGUCAAGAGCAGCUCUUUCCUUUGCCUUUGCUUUUCUCCGCAGGGCUUGGAGGUCUGGUGAUGAUGCAGACCUAUGCAGUGAGCUGCUUCAGGAGUCCUUGGAUGCUCUACGUGCCCUUCCAGAGGCCACUCUAUUUGACGAAGGCACUGUGUCAUCUGUCUGGCUAGAGGUUGUUGAGAGAGCUACUAAAUUCCUCAGUGAUGUGCAUGGAGGUGGCAGUGGCAAAGCCCCAAGCAGCAUUCCUCUGCAGGACCAGCACCUGGCCCUUGCGAUUCUACUCGAGCUUGCCGUUCAGAGGGGCACACUCAGUCAGCUGCUGUCUGCGGUGUUGUUGCUGCUGAGGUUGUGGGAUAGUGGCACCAGAGAGAUGGAUAAUGAGCGUUCCAGCCAGGGCACCAGCGCCCCAUUACUGCCACUUCUGCAACGCUUCCAAAGCAUCCACAGCAGCAAGGAGGAACCCGUCCCAGAGGAGGAGGUUGAAAUUCUGUCUGCCCCACUGAGCCCAAAUGAAAGUUUCCUGCGCUACCUGACCCUGCCCCAAGACAAUGACCUGGCCAUUGACCUACGACAGACGGCUGUGGUCAUCAUGGCCCACCUGGACCGCCUAGCAGUCCCCUGUAGCCCUCCACAAUGCAGCUCUCCCACCUCCAGCAAGGAGGACCAUGGCCCUGUACAGGGUACAUUGCAGGAGGUGAUCGGAUGGGGUUUGCUGGGAUGGAAGGUGCAUGCCAAUGUGAAUGGACCAAUUCAGUGCAAAGCUCUGUCCAGCGUGGGCGUAACCCAAAUUGUGUGCUCAGAAAAGGGCUUUCUCAUCCUGUCAAUUUCUGGUGCUGUAUACACCCAGAACUACAAAAGCACCACCCUGUCCCCCAUGCUGGUCCAUGGGCUGUCAUCCAGGAAGAUAGUGAAGCUGGCGGCUCACCCGGAAGGGCAGCACUACCUUGCUCUCUCGGCCAAUGGAGAGGUUUUCUCCUGGGGCUGUGGGGAUGGGGGUCGCCUGGGACAUGGAGACACCACGUACUUGGAAGAGCCUACCAUGAUUGCAGCAUUCUCUGGGAAGCAGGCUGGCAAGCAUGUAGUGCAUGUAGCCUGUGGCAGCACCUACAGUGCAGCCAUCACAGCAGAUGGGGAACUGUACACAUGGGGCCGAGGCAACUACGGCCGGCUGGGCCAUGGCUCUAGUGAGGAUCAGACUACCCCCAUGCUGGUGACUGCUCUGAAGGGGUUGAAGGUGAUAGAUGUGGCUUGUGGCAGUGGAGAUGCACAGACACUUGCGGUCACAGAGAAUGGUCAGGUAUGGUCCUGGGGGGAUGGGGACUAUGGGAAGCUGGGCCGUGGGGGCAGUGAUGGCUGUAAGAGUCCAAAGCUGGUGGAGAAGCUACAGGAUUUAGACAUAGUAAAGGUGUGUUGUGGCAGCCAGUUCUCAGUAGCUCUCACUAAAGAUGGCCAGGUAUAUACCUGGGGCAAAGGAGACAAUCAGCGCCUCGGCCAUGGCACUGAUGAGCAUGUCCGCUACCCCAAGCUGCUGGACAGUCUACAAGGGAAAAAGGUUGUGGAUAUAGCGGUGGGCUCCACACACUGCCUGGCCCUCACAGAGGAUGGAGAGGUGCACAGCUGGGGAAGUAACGAUAAACUACAGCAUUUUGACACACUCUUCUCCAACAAGAAGCAACCCAAAGCUCUGCCAGGUCUCAACUCCAAACACAUAGUGGGCAUCUCUUGUGGUCCAGGCCAGAGUUUUGCAUGGUCCUCCUGCUCGGAGUGGUCAGUGGGGCUGCGUGUUCCCUUUGUGGUAGACGUGUGCCCAAUGACCUUUGAGCAGCUGGACCUGCUACUGCGGCAGGUCAGUGAGGGCAUGGACGGCAGCUCGGACUGGCCGCCACCUCAGGAGAAAGAAUGUAUGGUGGUGGCCACUCUCAACCUGCUCAGACUACAGCUCCAUGCAGCCAUCAGUAACCAGGUGGACCCGGAGGAGCUGGGACUAGGACUGGGCAGCAGCCUACUCAACAACCUCAAGCAGACGGUGGUGACGCUGGCCAGCAACGCCGGGGUGCUCAACACCGUGCAGGCAGCCGCGCAGGCUGUGCUCCAGAGUGGCUGGUCAGUGCUACUGCCCACUGCAGAGGAAAGAGCUAGAGCCCUGUCCUCACUACUGCCCAACGCAGCCUCUGGUAAUGAGAUGAGCGUGAGUCCAGGCCGGCGCUUCAUGAUUGACCUGCUGGUCAGCAGUCUAAUGGCAGACGGAGGACUGGAGUCUGCUCUGAAUGCUGCCAUCACAGCUGAGAUCCAGGAUAUUGAGGCCAAGAAAGAGGCACAGAAGGAAAAGGAGAUUGAUGAGCAGGAGGCUAAUGCCUCCACUUUGCACCGCUGCCGCACCACCCUGGAUAAAGACCUCAUCAACACGGGCAUCUAUGAGUCCGCAAGCAAACAGAGCUUACCGCUGGUCCAGCUCGUCCAACAGCUUCUCAGGAAUAUUGCGUCACAGACUAUAGCACGUCUGAAAGACGUGGCACGGCGCAUUUCAAACUGCCAGGAUGCAGAGCAGGUGAGUAAAGAGCGCUCUGCUUCCCUGGACCUGCUUCUGCGCUUUCAGAGAUUGCUGGUCUGCAAGCUGUAUGUGGGAGUCCACGGCACUGUGGGAGUAGGGGGAUACACUUUGACCCACUCUGAGAUUCUAGGAGUGGGCUCCCUGUUGAAGAAGUACAUUGCCUUGCUGUGUACACACAUUGGGGACAUCCUUCCUGUAGCCACCAGCAUUGCAUUCAACAGUCACCGCCACUUUGCUGAGGUGUCCCGCGUCAUUGAGGGAGACCUUACUGGUGUGUUGCUCCCAGAGCUGGUUGUGUCCAUCGUGCUGCUACUGACUCUCGAUGCAGGCUUGAUGCAGGAGACUGGUUCCAUCCCUCUGCUGGCUGCUCUGCUGGAACAUGUGGACCGCUUUAACCACCUUGCCCCAGGCCAUGAGAGAGAUGACAGUGAAGACCUGGCCUGGCCUGGUCUCAUGGGGUCUUUCUUUAAUGGGCCGAGCUCAAAGAACAAUGAGGAGGUUUCACUUAUCCGCAAAGCUGACCUGGAGAACCACAACAAAGAUGGUGGCUUUUGGACGGUCAUUGACGGAAAAGUAUAUGACAUCAAAGACUUCCAGGCCCAGUCUCUUACUGGAAACACUAUUCUUGCUCAGUUUGCUGGUGAGGACCCUGUGGUGGCUUUAGAGGCUGCUCUGCAGUUUGAAGACACCCGAGAAUCAAUGCAGGCUUUUUGUGUGGGCCAGUAUAUGGAGCCCAAUCAAGAGACAGUAACGACCCCUGACCUGAGCAGCCUGUCCUCUCCGCUGAUUGACACUGAGAGAAACUUGGGCCUGCUGCUUGGCCUUCAUGCCUCCUACCUGGCCAUGAGCACACCACUCUCUCGCAUGGAGAUAGAAUGUGACAAGUGGCUCCAGUCAUCAAUCUUCUGUGGAGGUCUGCAGACCAGUCAGAUCCACUAUAACUAUAAUGAGGAGAAGGAUGAGGACCAUUGCAGCUCUCCAGGGACCACUACACCUGACAAAGCCAAACUCUACUCCCGUAGAAUCACUCUCAGUGACCAUGCGCAGCCUUUUCUACAGGCAAUUGCUGAUAACACUACCCAGGACCACACUGUGAAGGACUUUUUAUGUCAAAUUGAGCGGUGCUGUAAGCAGUAUCAUCUCAUCACACCCAUCACUUUCCCGCCAGAGCACCCUGUGGAGGAAGUGGGCCGCCUGCUGCUCUGCUGCCUUCUUAAACACCAGGACCUUGGUCACGUUGCCCUUUCGCUUGUCAAUCAGUGUGCCUUGGCUGUGGACCAGGGGAAGCAGCGGUCCCUCCCCAAAUCUGUGAUUGAUGUGUGUCGAAUGGUGUACCAGGCCAAGUGCUCUUUAAUCAGAACCCAUCAGGAGCAGGGCCGCUCCUAUAAGGAAGUGUGUGCUCCUGUGAUUGAAAGGCUGCGAUUUCUUUUUAAUGAGCUGAGGCCGGCUGUCAGUAAUGACUUGUCUAUUGUGUGCAAGCUGAAGCUGUUGAGCUCCCAGCCCCGCUGGAAAAUGAUCACCCGGAAGCUGAUCAGAGAGUGCAGAAAAAAGCGAGUGCCUAAGAAGUCAGAAUCUGCAGAUGUGGAAGAGGGUAAGCAGGAGAGAGAGAGGGAAGGGACCAACGAGGAAGAACCCCCACCUCCUAUUAGCCCCACACCUGUGGACAAGAAACAAAUCACUGUCAAAUCACCAAAGCAGGAUAAGUGGCAGCCUCUACUGAACACUGUGGCGAAUGUUCAGAAAUACCGCUGGUUGAAGCACAGUGUUCAAGGUUCCUGCUCCCAGUCUAGCCUCAUGAGCACCAUUGUGGAAUUUGCUCUCAAAGAGGAACCACUGGAUGUGGAGAAGAUGAGGAAGUGCCUUCUUAAACAGCUGGAGCGAGCAGAGGUGAGGCUGGAAGGUAUAGACACCAUGCUGAAACUAGCCUCCAAAAGCUUUCUGCUGCCUUCUGUACAGUACGCCAUGCUCUGUGGCUGGCAAAGGGUCAUCCCUGAAGGGCGCAAUAUAGGAGAGCCUCUGUCUGACUGUCUGAAGGAUGUGGAUCUCAUUCCUCCCUUUAACCGCAUGUUGCUGGAGGUCACCUUUGGCAAACUGUACACUUGGGCCAUCCAAAACGUCCGCAACAUCCUGCUGGAGGCCAGCGUUAAAUUUAAAGAACUUGGAGUGCAGCCUGUGCCUCUGCAGACCAUCACAAAUGAGAACCCAGCAGGGCCUAGUUUGGGCACCAUUCCCCAAGCACGUUUUCUCCUGGCCAUGCUCCACAUGCUGACCCUAAAACAUGGAGCCAACAGCCUCAGCCUGCUGCUCAACUCUGGCACCCUGGCCCUCACACAGAGUGUCCUGCGCCUCAUUGGUCCCAGUUCAGAUAGCAGUGAGGAGGAUUUAAGUGCUGGAGCUCACGGAGGCUCAGCCACAGUGCUGGAGGAGUCCAGGAAGGAGGCCGCCCCAGCGCCCCUCCCCGCAUCUGGCCCUGAGCUGGCUGCCAUGAUGAAGAUUGGCACCAGGGUGAUGAGGGGACAGGACUGGAAAUGGGGUGAUCAGGAUGGCCCUCCUCCAGGUCUAGGACGAGUGAUUGGUGAGUUAGGGGAGGAUGGCUGGAUUCGGGUGCAGUGGGAUAACAGCAGCACUAAUUCCUACAGGAUGGGCAAAGAGGGCAAAUAUGACCUCAAACUAGCAGAGCCUCCUCCUGCUACACAGCCUGCUACUGAAGACUCAGACACAGAGGAUGACACUGAAGGGGAAGUGAUGGAGAAGAGCACUCACCCCACAGCCGUCAUGUUAACCAGUACGGUGAAUCUGCUGAAGACUCUGUCCCUUUCAUCCGGAAUUCAUGCAGAGGUUAUGCAGACUGAAGCCACCAGGACUCUGUGCGGUCUACUCCGCAUGCUUGUGGAGAGUGGAGCCAACGACCAGACUGGUUGUCCAUCUUACAGGCUGGUAUCUCGUGAGCAGCACAGGAGCUGGUGUACUCUGGGCUUUAUCCGCAGUAUAGCACUGAUGCCUCAGAUGUGUUGCACUCUGAGCUCCUCUGCAUGGAUCAGCCUGCUCAUCCGCAUUGUGGAGGGCCACCAGUCAUUCACUGCUGUCACACUACAGAGACAGAUCCUGGCUCUGCGCUUACUGCAGGCAGUGCUACCAUCGUGGGAUAAAAUGGAACGCUCUCAGGAUAUGAAGUUCCUUGUGGAGAAACUUUUCGGCUUCCUGGGCAGCCUUCUUAGCACCUGCUCCUCAGAUUUACCACUUCUCAGAGAGGGUUCUCUGCGCAGGAGGAAAUCCCGCCCACAGGCCUCCCUGACAGCCACUCAUAGCAGCACACUAGCAGAGGAGAUUGUGGCCGUUCUGCGAACACUGCACUCUCUCAGCCAGUGGAAUGGCCUCAUCAAUGAAUACAUUAACUCCCAGCUUAGUGGCAUUGGAGACAUAAUGGCAGGUCGUCUGUCAGAAGCGACGCUACUGGAGGAGUACUUCCCUAAUGCAGAAGCUCCAGUGGUGGGCAGUCUAAUGGCUGUGCUAGCGGUGAUUGGUGGAAUUGAUGGACGUCUCAGAUUAGGUGGUCAGGUGGUUCAUGAAGAGUAUGGGGAAGGCACAGUCACACGCAUCACUCCUAAAGGUCGAAUCACUGUGCAGUUUUACGAAAUGAGGACGUGCCGAGUGUGUCUUCUGAGCCAGCUCAAACCGCUGCCUGUUGUGUCAUUCAGUGUUCAGAACCUGCCCUUUACAGAGCCAAUGCUGGCUGUGUGGGCUCAGCUUGUCAAUCUGGCCGGAAGCAAGCUGGAGAAACAACGCAUGAAGAAAUCCCUAAGCAGAGGACUUGCUGCAGACCAGGUGGACGUGCACUUGUUGCGGUGUCAGCAGCUGAGACUGUACAUCCUGAAGGCUGCACGAGCUCUGCUCUCCCACCAGGACAAACUCAGACAGAUCCUCUCACAGCCAGCAGUCAUAGACAGCAGCCCAAACCCCAGCGAGGAGCAAGUUGUGUCAUCUCCAGAUGUAGGUGAUUUGUCCCCUGAGGGUCCUCUUCCUCCCCUCAUCCUGCUCCAGCAGCUUCUCUCUGCUGCCACCCAGCCUUCACCCAUUAAAGCAAUCUUCGAUAGGCAGGAGCUGGAGGCAGCGGCUCUGGCCGUGUGUCAGUUCCUGGCAGUGGAGUCCACUCACCCUUCAUCUCCACUGUUUGAGGACAGCAGUUCGAGUGAGGCCACCACGCCAGUCACUGUACAGCAUGUACGCCCUCCCAAGCAGAAGAAGCACAAGACAUCACCAGUGCCCCCAGCACCCAUAGUACUGCAACUCAUGGAGAUGGGCUUCCAAAGGAAGAACAUUGAAUUUGCCCUAAAAUCCCUGUCUGGAACCACAGGAAGUGCUUCCGGAGUUCCAGGUGUGGAGGCACUGGUAGGCUGGCUGUUAGAUCACCCUGAUGUACACGUCACAGAGCUGUCUGAUGCUGACACGGUAUCUGAUGAAUACUCGGAUGAAGAAGUGCUGGAAGAACUUGAGGAGCCAGAAGCAGCUUUUCCUGUGCCUCCUGGAGUCGUGGUCACUGAAAGUCAGACAUUUAAGAAGCGGUCAGACUUUCAGAGUAAUGAUGACUAUGCAGUGUAUGUAAGAGAGAACAUACAGGUUGGAAUGAUGGUGAAGUGUUGCAGAACGUAUGAGGAAGUGUAUGAGGGAGAUGUUGGCAAAGUGAUCAAAUUAGACAGAGAUGGCCUGCAUGACCUAAAUGUUCAGUGUGACUGGCAACAAAAAGGUGGCACCUACUGGGUCCGCUACAUCCACACUGAAUUGCUGGGAUUUCCUCCUCAGAGCUCUCCAUCCCACAUUAAGAUUGGAGACAAGGUGCGAGUCAAGCCUUCAGUCACAACACCAAAGUACAAGUGGGGUUCUGUUACCCACAGAAGUGUGGGCACAGUCAAAGCUUUCAGUGCCAAUGGGAAGGAUGUGAUAGUGGAUUUCCCUCAGCAGUCACACUGGACAGGCUUGCUGUCUGAGAUGGAGCUAGUGCCUAGUGUUCACCCUGGGGUCAGGUGCGACGGCUGUCAGAUGUUUCCGAUUAAUGGGCCCAGGUUUAAGUGUCGCAGCUGUGAUGACUUUGACUUUUGUGAAAGUUGCUUUAAAACCCGCAAACACAACCCCAGGCAUUCCUUUGGACGUAUAAAUGAACCAGGUCAGUCUCCAGCCUUCAGUGGGCGGUCAGGAAAACAGCUGAAGAGGCACCACAGUAGCCAGCGGGGCAUGCUGAUAGACGAGUGGUCGAGAGCAGUGAAGAACCUCAAUGUGUCCUCCUCGGUUAACCAGGCCUCCAGACUCAUAGACUGUGGAGAUCAGUGCUGGCAGUCCUCUGGUUCUCAGGGCAAGCACUGGAUUCGAUUGGAGCUCUUCCCAGAUGUUCUGGUCCACAGGCUGAAGAUGAUGGUGGACCCUGCAGAUAGCAGUUACAUGCCUUCACUUGUUGUUGUGUCAGGUGGAAGUUCCUUGAACAACCUGAUUGAGCUGAAGACCAUCAACAUCAACCCUACAGACACUACUGUUUCUUUGUUAAAUGACUGCACUGAGUACCACAGGUACAUAGAGAUAGCCAUAAAGCAGUGUCGAAGCUCAGGGAUUGACUGCAAGAUCCAUGGCCUGAGCAUUGUGGGUCGUAUCCGUGCUGAGGAUGAAGACUUGGCCACUGUGCCUUUCCUGGCAUCAGACAAUGAAGAGGAGGAGGAUGAUAAAGCAGCCACUGGGAGCCUUACUCGAAAGAGGUCCUCAGGGCUGGAAUCUGGUGCCUCCAUCAGAACCAAAGUGUUUGUGUGGGGUCUCAACGACAAAGACCAGUUGGGUGGUCUCAAAGGGUCAAAAAUCAAAGUUCCAUCGUUCUCUGAGACGCUCUCUGCUCUGAAUGUAGUACAGGUGUCCGGAGGCUCCAAGAGCCUAUUUGCAGUGACUGCAGAGGGAAAGGUGUAUGCUUGUGGGGAGGCCACUAAUGGCAGGCUGGGCUUAGGGCUGUCCAGCGGUACUAUACCUAUCCCACGCCAGGUCUCUGCCCUCAGCAACUAUGUGGUGAAGAAGGUUGCUGUACAUUCAGGUGGGCGCCAUGCUAUGGCUCUGACAGUGGAUGGAAAAGUGUUUUCUUGGGGUGAGGGAGAUGAUGGCAAACUGGGGCAUUUCAGUAGAAUGAAUUGUGACAAGCCACGACUUAUUGAAGCUCUGAAGACCAAGCGGAUUCGGGACAUUGCUUGUGGCAGCUCCCACAGUGCAGCGAUCACCUCCAGUGGAGAGCUGUACAGCUGGGGUCUUGGUGAAUAUGGCCGCCUUGGCCAUGGAGACAACACCACCCAGCUCAGGCCUAAACUGGUUAAAGUGCUGUUGGGUCAUCGAGUUAUUCAGGUGGCAUGUGGAAGUCGUGAUGCCCAGACUCUGGCUCUUACAGACGAAGGACUGGUGUUCUCAUGGGGCGAUGGUGACUUUGGGAAGCUGGGCCGUGGAGGCAGCGAGGGCUGCAAUAUACCUCAGAACAUUGAGCGGCUGAAUGGACAGGGCGUGUGCCAGAUUGAAUGUGGAGCUCAAUUCUCACUCGCUCUCACCAAAUCUGGAGUUGUCUGGACCUGGGGGAAAGGGGACUACUUUCGUCUGGGUCACGGCACAGAUGUGCAUGUGCGGAAGCCCCAGAUGGUGGAGGGACUACGAGGCAAGAAGAUAAUUCAUGUGGCUGUGGGGGCCCUGCACUGCCUGGCUGUCACAGACACAGGACAGGUGUAUGCAUGGGGUGAUAAUGACCAUGGGCAGCAGGGGAAUGGCACUACCACAGUUAACAGGAAGCCCACGCUUGUUCAGGGUCUGGAGGGCCAGAAGAUCACACGUGUAGCCUGCGGCUCCUCUCACAGCGUGGCUUGGACAACCGUGGACGUCACCACGCCCUCGGUCCAUGAGCCCGUCCUUUUCCAGACUGCCAGGGACUCGCUUGGAGCCUCCUACCUCGGUGUACCGUCAGACAGUGACCCAUCUUUGCUGAGUAAUAAGCUGAGUGGACAGAGCAGCAUGAAGCCCAACAGGCCAUCUCUGGCCAAGAUCCUGCUCUCUCUGGAUGGUAAUCUAGCCAAGCAGCAGGCUCUGUCUCAUGUGCUGUCUGCUCUGCAAAUAAUGUAUGCCAGGGAUGCAGUAGUGGGAGCUCUGAUGCCAGCCUGUAUGAUGCCGGUGGAGUGUCCAUCCAGCUCCCCUGUGCCACCCUCAGACUGCUCGUCUGCCUCCAGUCCCUCAGAGGCUAAAGGUCCUUCUCUGUCUGCUGACACCGAGGAGCGGGUCAGCCCUCACCCCUGGCAGGACAGCAAAAGGGGAGAGAUGGCAUCAUCGGAGGAUGCUAUCACCCCAUCGUCUGCUGUAACACCCUCUGCCGCUGCCGCUUCUUCCCGCCCCUUCAUCCCCGUCACAGAUGACCCUGGAGCGGCCAGCAUCAUUGCUGAGACUAUGACCAAAACCAAAGAGGACUCUGAGUGCCAGAACAAAGCCGUAGGGCCUGAGCCACAAUAUCUGGAUGAGUUCACAAGUCUGCUGGUGCCUGAUGACACCCGAGUGAUGGUGGACCUGUUAAAGCUGGCUGUGUCUAUGCGUGCAGGCGAGAAAGGAAAAGAAGUGCUAUCUGCUGUUCUGUCAGGCAUGGGCACUGCCUACCCACAGGUGGCUAACAUGCUACUGGAGCUGUGUGUGACUGAGCUGGAGGAUGUGGCCACUGAUUCUCAGAGUGGGCGUCUUUCGUCUCAGCCUGUAGUGGUGGAGAGCAGUCACCCUUACACUGAUGACACCUCCACCAGUGGAACCGUCAAAAUACCAGGUGCUGAAGGACUGCGUGUGGAAUUUGACCGGCAGUGUUCUACAGAGAGGAGACACGACCCGUUAACUGUCAUGGAUGGAGCCAAUAGGAUAGUGUCUGUCCGAUCAGGUCGAGAGUGGUCAGACUGGUCCAGCGAGUUAAGAAUCCCAGGAGACGAGCUGAAAUGGAAGUUCACCAGUGAUGGCUCUGUCAAUGGCUGGGGCUGGCGCUUCACUGUAUAUCCCAUCAUGCCUGCUGCUGGCCCUAAAGACCUCCUUUCUGAUCGCUGUAUCCUGUCCUGUCCCUCUAUGGAUCUGGUCACCUGCUUGUUGGACUUUCGUCUGAACUUUGCCUCCAACCGCAGCAUUGUUCCCAGACUGGCUGCUUCACUUGCAGCCUGCGCUCAGCUCAGUGCCCUAGCGGCUGGACACCGUAUGUGGGCCCUGCAGAGGUUACGCAAACUCCUGACUACUGAGUAUGGCCAGUCCAUCAACAUAAACCGUCUGCUAGGAGACAAUGAGGGAGAGUCUCGCUCAAUGAGUUUUACGGGCAGUGCUCUGGCUGCCCUGGUGAAGGGGCUUCCUGAGGCUUUGCAGAGGCAGUAUGAAUAUGAGGACCCCAUUGUCAGAGGAGGCAAACAACUUCUCCAUAGUCCCUUCUUCAAGGUGCUGGUGGCACUUGCAUGUGAUCUGGAGCUGGACACUCUGCCCUGCUGUGCUGAAACUCACAAGUGGGCAUGGUUCCGUCGUUACUGCACUGCCUCCAGGGUGGCAGUGGCUCUGGACAAGAGAACACCCUUACCCCGACCUUUCCUGGAUGAGGUUGCUAAGAAAAUCCGGGAGCUAAUGGCAGACCAUGAGAACAUGAAUGGGCUUCACGAAAGUCAUGAGCUGUUCAAGAGGGAGCAUGAUGAACAGCUAGUGCAGUGGAUGAAUAGACGUCCAGAUGACUGGACUCUGUCGGCUGGAGGUAGCGGGACCAUCUAUGGCUGGGGGCACAACCAUCGAGGCCAGCUGGGUGGUAUUGAAGGCGCAAAGGUCAAAGUUCCCACACCGACAGAGGCCUUGGCCACGUUGCGUCCAGUUCAGCUCAUCGGUGGAGAGCAGACUCUUUUUGCAGUAACUGCUGAUGGGAAGCUGUAUGCUACAGGUUAUGGAGCUGGAGGACGUCUGGGGAUUGGAGGCACUGAAUCUGUCUCUACCCCAACCUUAUUGGAGUCCAUCCAGCAUGUUUUCAUCCGGAAGGUAGCAGUGAACUCUGGGGGGAAGCACUGCCUGGCACUGUCCUCAGAGGGAGAGGUCUACUCCUGGGGAGAGGCCGAGGAUGGCAAACUGGGUCAUGGCAAUAGGAGCCCGUGUGACCGUCCACGAGUGAUUGAGUCUCUGAGGGGAGUGGAGGUGGUGGACAUUGCUGCUGGAGGGGCACAUAGUGCCUGCAUCACAGCCAGUGGAGAACUCUACACCUGGGGCAAAGGACGCUAUGGGCGACUUGGCCACGGAGACAGUGAGGACCAGCUCAAACCUAAACUGGUGGAUGCUCUGCAGGGCCACAGGGUGAUAGACGUAGCUUGUGGAAGUGGUGAUGCUCAGACUUUGUGUUUGACCGAUGAUGACAUGGUGUGGUCAUGGGGAGAUGGAGACUACGGCAAACUGGGCCGUGGGGGCAGCGAUGGCUGCAAAGUGCCAAUGAAGAUUGACUCUCUUACUGGUUUGGGAGUGGUGAAAGUAGAGUGUGGUUCUCAGUUCUCUGUAGCCCUCACAAAGUCUGGAGCUGUUUACACAUGGGGAAAGGGUGACUACCACAGGUUGGGCCAUGGCUCAGAUGACCAUGUUCGCAGACCCCGACAGGUCCAGGGUUUACAAGGCAAAAAGGUCAUUGCCAUAGCAACUGGUUCCCUCCAUUGUGUAUGCUGCACUGAAGAUGGUGAAGUAUACACGUGGGGUGAUAACGAUGAGGGGCAGCUGGGUGAUGGGACAACCAAUGCCAUCCAGAGGCCCAGGCUGGUGGCAGCACUGCAGGGCAAGAAGAUCAACAGGGUGGCCUGUGGCUCUGCGCACACCCUCGCCUGGUCGACCAGCAAGCCCACCAAUGCUGGCAAACUCCCUGCUCAGGUCCCUAUGGAGUAUAAUCAUCUUCAAGAAAUUCCAAUCAUGGUUCUGAGGAACAGGCUGCUGCUGUUGCACCACAUCUCUGAGCUUUUCUGCCCUUGCAUCCCAAUGUUUGACCUGGAGGGACGCCUGGGUCAGACUGGGCAGGGCCCGUCUGUGGGCUUCGACACACUCCGAGGCAUCCUCAUCUCGCAGGGCAAGGAGGCUGCGUUUCGUAAGGUGGUGCAAGCCACAAUGGUGAGAGACCGGCAACAUGGACCAGUGGUGGAGCUCAACCGAAUACAGGUAAAGCGUUCUCGAAGUAAGGGUGGUCUAGCAGGGCCAGAUGGCACUAAGUCUGUGUUUGGGCAGAUGUGUGCCAAGAUGAGCUCCUUCAGCCCAGACAGUCUACUGCUGCCUCAUCGGGUCUGGAAGGUCAAGUUUGUAGGGGAGUCUGUAGAUGACUGUGGAGGAGGCUAUAGUGAGUCUAUAGCAGAAAUGUGCGAGGAGCUGCAGAAUGGUCUCACUCCCCUGCUUAUUGUCACUCCUAAUGGCCGAGACGAGUCCGGAGCCAACAGAGACUGCUUCCUGCUGAAUCCUGCUGCCAAGAGCCCUCUACACAUGACCAUGUUCCGCUUCUUAGGAGUGCUCCUGGGUAUAGCUAUCCGUACAGGCAGUCCCCUCAGUUUGUACCUAGCUGAACCUGUGUGGAAGCAGCUUGCUGGCAUGAACCUGACAAUCGCUGAUCUCAGUGAGGUGGAUAAGGACUUCAUCCCUGGCCUAAUGUAUAUCAGAGAUAAUGAGGCAUCAGCAGAAGAGUUUGAGGCCAUGCCCCUGCCUUUCACUGUGCCCAAUGCCUGUGGCCAGGAGGUGCAGCUAAGCUCCAAACACUCUCACAUCAGCCUAGAGAACCGCACAGAGUAUGUGCGCCUCGCAAUCAACUACAGGUUGCAUGAGUUCGACGAGCAGGUGGCUGCAGUGAGGGAGGGUAUGGCCCGGGUUGUGCCUGUGCCUCUGCUCUCUCUUUUCACCGGUUAUGAGCUGGAGACCAUGGUGUGUGGCAGUCCUGACAUUCCACUGCACCUGCUGAAGUCUGUAGCUACCUAUAAGGGGGUAGAACCCACAGCUCCACUCAUCCAGUGGUUCUGGGAGGUGAUGGAGUCCUUCUCCAAUACAGAGCGUUCGCUCUUCCUUAGGUUUGUGUGGGGACGAACGCGCCUACCCAGGACUAUCGCAGACUUCCGUGGACGAGACUUUGUGGUGCAGGUGCUGGACAAGUACAAUCCACCUGACCACUUCCUCCCAGAGUCAUACACCUGCUUCUUCCUGCUCAAACUGCCUCGUUACUCCUGUAAACUGGUUCUGGAGGAGAAGCUAAAGUACGCCAUCCACUUCUGCAAGUCUAUCGAUACAGACGACUAUGCGCGCAUUGCGCUGAGUGGGGAGCCUGCAGCCGACGACAGCAGUGAUGACUCCGACAACGAGGAUGCAGACUCUUUUGCGUCCGACUCCACACAGGACUACCUAACCGGACACUGACCUCUGCGUAUCACGGUCUCACCCACGCACACCCUCACGCACACACACUCCUUGAUGUGGCAGAUGCAACACAUGGAGAGUCAUAGUAAUAUGCUGCCAAGCAAAGAGAAGAAAACAAAUAUAGAAAAUAAAAAGGACUGAAGAUUUGUUUUAAACUCACUUAAACACAUACACGCAUAUGUACUACCAUGACUAAAAUGAAGAGGUAAAAAUGUAUCUUUAUGUGCAAUUAGCUUUGAAAGCACUAUAAGCUGAUGAAGAAAACUUUUUGUUUAUUUAAAAAAGAGCCAGAGAGUGAGGGGAGAAACUGCACAUUUGAUUGUUUGUAGACGUUGUGUUUAUAUAUUUUAUGACUGCGGACAGAAAGGCCGCCUAGCCUAGCACUGUGGUAGACGACCCCUGACACUCCCCCUUACCCCUCCUCCCUCAGUCUUGCUUUGUUGUUUUAUUUUAAAAAGCAUCAAACAGCAAUUCCUCAUCCUCCUUCUCAAAAAAUAGCAGUGUUUCUUUCUAAGAACCUUUUUAACUUUGAACCGUAAGAAUCAUGUUAAUUUGACUUGGUGUCAAUGGGAGCUCGUUCAGGGGUUGUUUUUAGGUCGUCGGUCACUGUAUUACGUGUUCUCUCCCCCUCCAUCUCAAUGUGUGUCUGCACUGGCUUCCUGAUGGAAUGUAAAUAAUAUUAUUGUGCCAUGUGUUCAUAAGAUGUCUCAUUCCCAUGUAAUAAAAUAAAUGUUAAUAAAUUUCUGUUAAAAAAUGUAAA